AUGUCGACAGUGCGAGCGCAGGCGCACGUGCAGCCCUCCAAGACCCUGCAGUGCUCCAUCGGUUUGUUGAAGUCUUCAAGGAGGUCGGGUAAUGGAGCUGCGAGCCGCCAUGCUCUAUUCAGCAAGAACGUCGGAUGUACAACACAAGCUACGUUUGAAGAAGUCUUUGAGCUGCAUGAAGCGUUUUGCACAGAAACAAAUCAGAUGGUCCCGUUGGAUGACGGCAAGUUGAAUCUGGUGGCACGAGUUUACGUCAACGACGUCACCGUGGAACCGAAGUGCGUAGGGGUGGCUGAAGUUCUUCUGACUGUUGGAACAUCUGCUGAAGGUUUAUGGUUGGAGCUGAAGGAGGAAGACACUAAGGGCCCAGAAGACCAACGUGGGGAGGGAUGCUGUAUCCAGCUCUCUGUGCUCUACGUCGCACAAGGAGAAGUGCAGGAUGGAAAGGAGGAUCCAUGGGGGAGGAUCUCAAGGCUGGAAUCUGCUCUGCGGCAGUCUAACCAGGAGAACCUACGGCUGCGGGAAGAGGGAUUUCUUGCAGAUUACGAGGAUGGCGGGGGAGCUUCACGACAAACAGGCGCGGCUGAAGGUCCUGCUGCCCCUGCUCGUGACUUUUCUGAGCGACCUCGUCAGAGUUUGGACGAGGAGCUGAAAGCGAUGAGAGCGGAAGGAGGGAGGUCGAAUGAAGUCCGGCGGGACAUGAGAAUCUCCGAGCUGGAGGCGAGCAGAGCACAGAGCUGCUCGGAGCAGCAGGGACUGACUGUCGACCUGCAGCGAGAGAACGAGAGUCUGAAGGAGCAACUGAAAUUGAAAGGGCAGUUCAAUCUCAACGGGGGAUCGCAAGUUUCACAUGUGAACUUCACGUUUCCUCAUGCUAACUUUCAGCCUCCUGCCUGA